CAUACUCCCACUCUUAUACACAUACAUACCACCUUCUCCAUGUCUAUCAAAUAACUGAACACCAUCCCAUCUCAUCUCAUCUCACCGCGCUAUGCAAUCUCAAGUCCUCGCCUGUCUACGUGAGCCACCCGCCCACCACCCGCGCCGCCAUAUUAGGGGCUUUUCCCUAUCCUAUUUCCCUCCCACCUUGCCCCAAGUGCACCCACCAGUCCACAGUCCCAAUCCCCUAAAACCAAAAACUCCCCUUAAGGCUAUGGAUCGCCCCGGCCCUUACCCAUCCCAUCCAUUCUAACAAGGACUGCGAAGGGGCCCUAUUGUAAACUACCCACAUUAAUCUCAACCACAACUUUUCUGGUAUUUCUCCGUUGGGCGGCCCGUGCGGUUCCGGGGGUCUUGAUUGGUUGGUUCCCCUAUUUUUUGUCUUUUGAGAUAGAAAGAUUGAGAGGGAGAUGGAGGGAGAUGGGGGGAGGACUGUGCUCUGAGAGUUACUUGAUCCGAUGGGUGAGGAUGGUGCUAAGAGAGUAGGACGGUAGUUCUCAUCGGGCGGGUUGGAUCGUUGGCGUUGUCGUUGGAAGAGACGUUGGCGUUGAACGGCUGGCUGGCUGGCUGCUGGUCUGGCUACUGGUCUGGUUUGGUGGCUGUCUGUAGUAAUUUAACAGUCGUUGUCUGC